CAGCUAAAGCGGGAUCUGAGGUUUAUAUAGCAGGGCUCUGCUCCUGCUUUGUGAGACCACCAUAUUCAGCUGGUGACUGGCUCCAGCACUCUUUUCAGGAUGAGCAGUAAGAUUAUAUUCUACGAGGAUCGGAACUUUCAGGGCCGCUCAUAUGAGUGCGAUGCCGACUGUCCUGAUAUGAACCCCCACUUUACCCGCUGCAACUCCAUCAAGGUGGAGAGUGGCUGCUGGGUGCUCUAUGAGAAGCCCAACUACACCGGCUACCAGUACGUCCUGACCAGAGGAGAGUACCCUGACAAGCAGCGCUGGAUGGGCUACAACGACACCAUCCGCUCCUGCCGUACCUUCUCCUAUACCAGCGAGGGCCCCUACCGCAUCCGUAUCUACGAGCGGCCCAACUUCCAAGGUCAGAUGAUGGAGUUCAGCGAGGACUGCGAGUCGGUGCAGGAGCACUUCCGCAGCCGAGACAUCUACUCCUGCAAAGUCUUGGAUGGCUACUGGACCCUCUACGAACACCCAAGCUUCCGUGGCCGGCAGUACUUCAUGAGUCCUGGCGAGUACCGCAAGUUCAAUGACUGGGGGGCCACCUGCGCCACCACCGGCUCUUUCCGCAGGAUCACAGAGUUUUAAUCCUUUCAGUUAAUGAUAUGAACAACAGAAUGCUCCAAGAGCUGACUUGACGGAGCUGCUGGAUGCUAUUAGAAAAAAAUUAAUAAAAUGAGCUGCUGUAAAGGAUUUUCUUGUCAUUGGUGAAUAAAUCUCUCAAUAUUA